AUGGAUUUCGUUGUCGACAACAGUUGGAUUGUUCCAUAUUCGCCACUUAUUUCUAAAACGUUCAAGACACAUUGCAACGUUGAAUACUGCAAUUCAGUUAAGUCCAUAAAAUAUAUUUGCAAAUAUGUCACGAAAGGCAGUGAUAUGGCAGUUUUUGGAUUGCAAUCCUCAAAUACCAACGAUGAAAUUUCACGCUAUCAAGUUGGUCGUUAUGUGAACUGUAAUGAAGCGAUUUGGCGUAUAUUCGCAUUUCCAAUUCACGAACGUCAUCCUACUGUUAUACAUUUGUCGGUGCAUCUGGAGAAUGGUCAACGAAUAUAUUUCACGGCUUCGAAUACUACGCAAUGUGCUGAAACACCUCCAGCAACUACAUUGACCAGUUUUUUUGCAAUCUGCCAAAGCGAUCAGUUUGCACGAACUUUGCUUUACUCGGAGAUGCCACGUUAUUAUACUUGGAAUGCUUCAUCCAAGAAUUUUCAAAGACGGAAGCAAGGUGAUGCGGUUCCUGGGUACCCAGAUGUGCGUUCUACUGAUGCUCUUGGUCAGUUGCGGUUGUUGCUGGUAAAUGUGUGUGGACCAACUUCAUUUGAGACACUACGAACUGUUAAUGGUGUAAUAUUCCCAACAUAUCGUGCUGCAUGUGAAGAAUUGAACUUAUUAGAAAACGAUACCCAUUGGGAUACGACAAUCGCUGAAGCCACUAUCUCUGCAUCUCCAAGUCAGAUACGCACAUUAUUCGCUAUCAUAAUUACGACAUGUUUUCCAUCAAACCCAUGUAACCUGUGA